CACCAUGGCGACCCCGCCAAGGCAUGGUUGCAUGCUCCGCGCGGAGGUGGUCAUAUGCGUAUUCCUCGUCAUAGCACCGUUCAGCGCGGCGAUCGGUGUCAACUACGGUACCAAUGGUGACAACCUUCCGUCGCCGGCCAAGGUUGCGGCAUUCCUCGUGACCAGCACAAACAUUGAUCGUGUAAAGCUGUUUGACACCAACCCGGACAUUGUUCGGGCCUUCGCCGGCACGGGCAUCUCGGUAAUAGUCACAGCAGGCAAUGGCGACAUCCCUGGCCUCGCCACCCAGACCGGCGCCGACUCAUGGGUCGCUACCAACAUCGCGCCAUACUACCCCUCGACAGAUAUAUCUCUCAUCGCCGUGGGCAACGAGAUCAUGGACACGACCGACAAGAAUCUCAUCGGCAAGCUCGUCCCCGCCAUGCAGAUGCUCAAGGAUGCGCUCGUCACGGCUGGCUACAACGAAAUUCGUGUUUCCACGCCAAGCUCACUCAGCAUCCUGGUAGACUCCCAGCUGCCGUCCGCGGCUCGGUUUCGCGACGUCUGGGAUGACGCCAUCUUCACGCCGAUGCUCCAAUUUCUCCGGCAGACCAAGUCGCCACUCAUCGUGAACAUGUACCCGUACUUUGGAUACAACGGUGACACACUACCGUAUGCACUGGCGCGGCCGAACCCUGGCGUGCUAGACACGGGUACGGGCAUCACGUACACCAGCAUGUUUGAGGCACAACUUGACUCGGUGUACUCGGCAAUGAAGAAACUUGGGUUUGAGGACGUAGAGAUCCUGGUGGGGGAGACCGGGUGGCCGACUAAGGUGAUGGACGGGCAGAUCGGCGUGAGCCAGGCCGAGGCAGCUGAGUACAACAAAUAUAUCUUCCGUGAGGUUAGUUCCGGGUCAGGCACACCGCUCAUGCCAAAGCGGAAGUUCGAGACGUACAUAUUCACGCUCUUCAACGAGGACCUCAAGCCCGGGCCCGUGGCUGAGCGAAAUUUCGGGAUGUUCCAGUCAGACUUCACGCCGAUGUAUGACAUUGGCAUCAUGAAAGAUUCGGUCAAAACAACACCAGCGCCAGCGUUGGUCGUCCCAGCGACGUCGCCGAAAGUGGCAGCAACGCCUAUACUCGCCACUGCUGAUGCGUUGGAGGCUGCAGUGCCUGCAAAGGUGAACGGCUCGAACAACGCCUAGGCGUCCGCGCCAGCAUCGCCGCCAGGCAACAAAUCCUUGACCAAUGACAGGAUGCCUAUGCGUGCCCAGACGCUAGUUGACGCCUGACGGUCCACUUCUCUCGGAUUUUGACAGGACACUUAGAGCAUCUCUCAAAGAUGUAAAACAGGAGAUGUAAAAAUUUACAUUUUCAAAAAUUAUUUUAUACUUCUCUAAAAAAGAGGCAACUUCAACAAAAGAUGUACAUUGGAGAUGUAAAACAGCAACUCCAAUAGGAGAUGCAAAUGGAGAUGUAAAACUAUACUUCAACUAGUACUUCAUUUGAAACAUGUAAAUUCAAACAC